CCCCAAAUGCCGAUUUUGGCUCGCCAAAUCCAGAACCUAUAUCAAGUUUUCUGCAUCUCUAGUAGAUGUGCACUUAGGCAUGGCUGCAGAAGGUCUACCACCAAAAGCAGACAUAAUAGUAUAGCUGCUCAAUACCGUUAUUAGUUCCAGACAUUCUUCUUCCACAAUAUGGAGCCUGUAGACGUUCCUGAACUUGGUCGCGAGAUCCAGUUCCACCUAAAUUUAUUCAAAAACCCCGUUGAUAACCAUAGACCAAUCAUGUGGGAAAGAAAAAAGUUGACUUUACUUUUGGCGGAGCACUGAAGAAUUUUGCCGAUUUAUUCGAAAUUUGGAUAAAGAGGUAAUAAAUGGAAUUUACAUUAAAGGUGCAAAAUACGAAAGGCUACAACCUGUGAUUGUUGAUCUUGUGCAAAGGAUUAGACGGGUCUACAUUACUCUCUCUAAUGAGACAAUGGGUAGAGAGGAAUUGGCAACGUUUAAUAAUAAAAUUGAUCCCAACUUUUCCUCUCAAAUAACAUCGUUUUUGAACCACAGAAUCGCACUCAGUGAAAAUUUAGUAUCUUGUGCCAAUGGACAAGACAUAAUUUCUACCAUGACUACAAUUGCGAGGCUGCUCGGUUUUACAGUGGAGGCUAUCAACUCGUUACAUGUGGCUGGAAAUCUCUUAGUACCUUUUCUUGCAAUCUCGCCCUUACCGAAGUUUUCAAUUCGAAAAUUCGGGGUUAUUGGAUUCUACUUAGGGACAGGUUGUUUAAUAACUUCUUUUUAUGGAUAUUCUUGGUUAAAGCAUAUGAAUUUCUGUGCCAUAAAUUCAGUAGAAGAGGACAAAGAGCUUUCGGAAAGAGUGGACAACUUGCUUUCGGAAAAAGAUAUCGUUGUAGAAGAACUGUUCUCCAUUGACGAAGAAGUCAUUACGGGUAUUGAAAAAAUACUGUAUCUGACUGCCACUGAAAAGAUAUUUGCAGCACUUUUAAUUUCAGCUAUGCAGAAGAAAGAAUCUUUAUGCAUCAAAGACAAGAAAUUUUUGUGUCAAGCCUAUAUGUUCAGCAGGACAGAAACUGCCAAAAUUUGGUACAGAAGAGCGUUAUAUCGUAUUCGUCACGUGGAUCAGCCAAUGAACAUCAGAAUUCCAAAGGACGACCUCCUUCAUUUAAAGAUGAUGUCUCCUACUGCAUGCCAGUCUGAAGAAAUUUUAAUAUUCCUUUUGAAAUCAUUAAAAAUGCCUGGAUUUGUUGUUUUUGGUUUAUGUAGUAUAUUUUUUUACUAUGAAAUCAGAAAAUUUAAGAUUGGAAACAAAUACGGAUUUUCUAACAAUUUAAGGCAACUAGCAUUGCAUUAUAAAACAAUAAAUAAAACUUUGUCAGAGGAUGAGUAUUAGCAGCUCAUAAGAAAUAGAAUAUCAUCUAAUGAAUCUGCUACAUCUCGUGAAAGUUAUGUCUCGUCUGCUAGACGACUCACAGCUUUUUAUCUUAAGAUAUCCUUCGAUAAGACUGUUUUUUUUAAAGAAAUGUUUUAAAUGAAGUAUUUUUUAUACUUUUUCGUUUCUUUUUUUUUUUCUUUAUUAUUUUGUUUAAAAUUCUUCUUUAUCUGUGAAACAUAAAGAUAAGAAUUUUUUUCAUUUGUGAUGACUUAUUCUUUAAUUUAUAUAGUUUAUGGGGAUGUAUAUAAAUAAUUUAUGGAAAAGACAAACAGUUUAAUAGCUUUGUUUACUUUGUAUGAUGUUGUUUAUUUAUAUGAUUAUUUUUCUGUCUUUUAAUGAAAAUUUGAUUUCCUUUUGUUUUUCAUGUUACUGUGAUCAUAAAAGUAUUUUUCAUGUAAUUUUUUCAAUAAAUAAUAUUGUAGUAAAUUUUAUAGAUUCUAAAUAAUUCUAGUUCAGUGCCAGCUCAGGUGUUCGUCCUCAUUGCUUUUAAAAUGGGACGUUAAUAUAACUAAACUAAGUUCAGAACAAUUAACACACUAUCUCUUUUCGCAAAAUACUAAUUUAAUCUCUAAUUCAUGACAUUUCCCUAUAUUAUGUGUUGUCUUAUUAUAAUAAAUUUUUUAAGUGACUGUUAUAGGAAUUUGUUACAUAAGCAUUAUUGUUUGUACAGUUCGUUUUAAUGAGAUUAAAUUAUGAUUUUUUUCGUUAAAUACAAAUGAUAAAUUAAUUUUACAGUUUCAGAGUUUAAUUAUGAAAUAGAAUAUUUUAAUUAAUUUUUGAUUCGAUACAAAAUGUUUCAAAAGGAAAGAAGAAUAUCAGAAAGAAGAAAAUUGAUUUCAAGGUAUCUUAAUAUUUGUAUUUAUGAAUUAUAAUGUAAUAUAGUGAAAUAAGAUAUUUCGAAUGUCUGUUAUAAUUGAAUCUUCUUUUUUAUUGAGACUGCAUGUGAUGCUAUUUUAUGUAACUUUAACUAUUUUCGCUUUCUUCAAAUGCAUAACUAUUCUGUGCAGCUAUAUAGUAAUUCUUAUUUAAUAUAUUUUAAUAUCUUGAAAUCUCUUUUUUCUGUAUUAAGUAAUGAAAAUUUCCGAUUGGGAAACAUGUUAUCGUUUUCAUUCAA